AUGGCGGUGCCGGCUCAGACCUGCGGCGCCUCUCUGCCCGGCCCGGCGCGGACCACGCUCAGCUGGCCCGGCCGCGGCUCGCGGCCCGGCCUCAGCGCCCGGCGGCCGGCGGCUCGGCCCCCGCGCCCGCUAUCGCUUUUACUGCCGCCGCUGCUGCUGCUCCCGCUGCUCGCCGCCCCCGGCGCCUCUGCCUACAGCUUUCCUCAGCAGCACACGAUGCAGCACUGGGCCCGGCGCCUGGAACAGGAGAUCGAUGGCGUGAUGCGGAUCUUUGGGGGUGUGCAGCAGCUCCGUGAGAUCUACAAAGACAACAGGAAUCUGUUUGAGGUGCAGGAGAAUGAGCCUCAGAAGUUGGUGGAGAAGGUGGCGGGGGACAUUGAGAGCCUGCUGGACAGGAAGGUGCAGGCCCUGAAGAGAUUGGCUGACGCUGCAGAGAACUUCCAGAAAGCCCACCGCUGGCAGGACAACAUCAAGGAGGAAGACAUAGUGUACUAUGACGCCAAGGCCGACGCUGAGCUGGACGACCCUGAGAGUGAGGAUGUGGAAAGGGGGUCCAAGGCCAGCACCCUACGACUGGACUUCGUUGAGGACUCAAACUUCAAGAACAAGGUCAACUAUUCAUACACGGCUGUGCAGAUCCCCACGGACAUCUACAAAGGCUCCACCGUCAUCCUCAAUGAGCUCAAUUGGACGGAGGCCCUGGAGAAUGUAUUCAUUGAGAACCGCAGGCAGGACCCCACACUCCUGUGGCAGGUCUUCGGUAGUGCCACGGGAGUCACUCGCUACUAUCCAGCCACCCCAUGGCGAGCCCCCAAGAAAAUCGACCUGUACGAUGUCCGAAGGAGACCCUGGUAUAUCCAGGGGGCCUCGUCGCCCAAGGACAUGGUCAUCAUCGUGGAUGUGAGUGGCAGCGUGAGUGGGUUGACCCUGAAGCUGAUGAAGACAUCUGUCUGUGAGAUGCUGGACACACUCUCCGAUGAUGACUAUGUGAACGUUGCCUCCUUCAACGAAAAGGCACAGCCUGUGUCAUGCUUCACACACCUGGUUCAGGCCAACGUGCGUAACAAGAAGGUGUUCAAGGAAGCUGUGCAGGGCAUGGUGGCCAAGGGCACCACAGGCUACAAGGCCGGCUUUGAGUAUGCCUUCGAUCAGCUGCAGAAUUCCAACAUCACUCGUGCCAACUGCAAUAAGAUGAUCAUGAUGUUCACGGACGGCGGUGAGGACCGCGUACAGGACGUCUUUGAGAAGUACAAUUGGCCCAACCGAACGGUGCGCGUGUUUACUUUCUCCGUGGGGCAGCACAACUACGAUGUCACACCCCUGCAGUGGAUGGCCUGCACCAACAAAGGUUACUAUUUUGAGAUCCCGUCCAUCGGUGCCAUUCGCAUCAACACGCAGGAAUAUCUAGAUGUAUUGGGCAGGCCCAUGGUGCUGGCGGGCAAGGAGGCCAAGCAGGUUCAAUGGACCAACGUGUACGAGGAUGCACUGGGGCUGGGGUUGGUGGUGACAGGGACCCUUCCUGUCUUCAACCUGACGCAGGAUGGCCCUGGGGAAAAGAAGAACCAGCUGAUCCUGGGCGUGAUGGGCAUUGACGUGGCUCUGAAUGACAUCAAGAGGCUGACUCCCAACUACACGCUUGGAGCCAACGGCUAUGUGUUUGCCAUUGACCUGAAUGGCUAUGUGUUGCUGCACCCCAACCUCAAGCCCCAGACCACCAACUUCCGGGAGCCUGUGACCCUGGACUUCCUGGAUGCAGAGCUGGAGGAUGAGAACAAGGAGGAGAUCCGUCGGAGCAUGAUCGAUGGCAACAAGGGCCACAGACAGAUCAGAACACUGGUCAAGUCCUUGGAUGAGAGGUACAUAGACGUGGUGAUGCGGAACUACACCUGGGUGCCUAUAAGGAGCACCAACUACAGCCUAGGGCUAGUGCUCCCGCCCUACAGCACCUUCUACCUCCAAGCCAACCUCAGUGACCAGAUCCUGCAGGUCAAGUGGCCAAUCAGCAAACUGAAGGAUUUUGAGUUCCUGCUCCCCAGCAGCUUUGAGUCUGAAGGACAUGUUUUCAUUGCUCCCAGAGAGUAUUGCAAGGAACUGAAUGCCUCAGACAACAAUACCGAGUUCCUGAAGAACUUCAUUGAGCUCAUGGAGAAAGUGACUCCAGAUUCCAAGCAGUGCAACAACUUCCUUCUGCACAACCUGAUCUUGGACACGGGCAUCACACAGCAGCUGGUGGAGCGCGUGUGGCGGGACCAGGAUCUCAACACGUACAGCCUUCUGGCCGUGUUCGCCGCCACUGAUGGUGGCAUCACUCGCGUAUUCCCCAACAAGGCAGCUGAGGACUGGACAGAGACCCCUGAGCCCUUCAAUGCCAGCUUCUACCGCCGCAGCCUGGAUAACCAUGGCUAUGUCUUCAAGCCCCCACAACAGGAUGCCCGGUUAAGGCCGCUGGAGCUGGAGAAUGACACGGUGGGCAUCCUCGUCAGCACGGCUGUGGAGCUCAGCCUAGGUGGACGCACACUGAGGCCAGCAGUGGUAGGCGUUAAGUUGGACCUAGAGGCCUGGGCUGAGAAGUUCAAGGUGCUAGCCAGCAACCGUACCCACCAGGACCAGCCUCAGAAGUGCGGCCCCAACAGCCACUGUGAGAUGGACUGCGAGGUUAACAACGAGGACCUGCUCUGUGUCCUCAUUGAUGAUGGGGGAUUCCUGGUGCUGUCAAACCAGAACCAUCAGUGGGACCAGGUGGGCAGAUUCUUCAGUGAGGUGGAUGCCAACCUGAUGCUGGCACUCUACAAUAACUCCUUCUACAACCGCAAGGAGUCCUACGACUAUCAGGCGGCCUGUGCCCCCCUGCCCCCGGGCAACCUGGGUGCCGCACCCCGGGGCAUCUUUGUGCCCACCAUUGCAGACUUCCUUAACCUAGCCUGGUGGACCUCUGCUGCGGCCUGGUCUUUGUUCCAGCAACUUCUCUAUGGUCUCAUCUACCACAGCUGGUUCCAGGCAGACCCCGCGGAGGCCGAGGGGAACCCCGAGGUGCGCGAGAGCAGCUGCGUCAUGAAACAGACCCAGUACUACUUCGGUUCGGUGAACGCCUCCUACAACGCCAUCAUCGACUGCGGAAACUGCUCCAGGCUCUUCCACGCGCAGAGACUCACCCACACCAACCUUCUCUUCGUGGUGGCAGAGAAGCCGCUGUGCAGCCAGUGUGAGGCUGGCCGGCUGCUGCAGAAGGAGACACACUCGGACGGCCCGGAGCAGUGUGAACUGGUGCAGAGACCGCGAUACCGGAGAGGCCCACACAUCUGCUUCGACUACAACGCCACGGAAGAUACCUCAGACUGCGGCCGCGGAGCCUCUUUCCCACCGUCGUUGGGCGUCCUGGUGUCCCUGCAGCUGCUGCUCUUCCUGAGCCUGCCUCCCCGGCCGCAGCCUCAAGUCCACGCCCACCCUUCUCGCCGCCUCUGA